UCUGCGACAGUUCCCCAGUUAGGCUCAGAGCGGAGUUUCGCGUCAUGGGGAUUUGGCAGCGUCUGCUGCUUUUCGGUGCGGUGUCGCUCCGGGCUGCUGGUGGGGCCACUGCUCGGCUUGGAGGAAGCCGAGCCAUGGUUUGUCGGCGCCAGUUAUCUGGCGCCGAGAGUGAGACCCUAAAACAAAGAAGAAUACAAAUCAUGUCUCGAGGACUUCCAAAGCAGAAACCGAUAGAAGGUGUUAAACAAGUUAUAGUUGUGGCUUCCGGAAAGGGUGGAGUUGGAAAAUCCACUACAGCAGUGAAUCUUGCACUUGCACUAGCAGCGAAUGAUUCGUCCAAGGCCAUUGGUUUGCUAGAUGUGGAUGUGUAUGGACCUUCAAUUCCAAAGAUGAUGAAUCUGAAAGGAAAUCCGGAAUUAUCACAGAGCAACCUAAUGAGGCCUCUCUUGAAUUAUGGUAUUGCUUGUAUGUCUAUGGGCUUUCUGGUUGAAGAAAAUGAACCAGUAGUUUGGAGAGGCCUUAUGGUAAUGUCGGCCAUUGAGAAACUGUUGAGACAGGUAGAUUGGGGUCAACUGGACUACUUAGUUGUUGACAUGCCACCAGGAACUGGAGAUGUGCAGUUAUCAGUCUCACAGAACAUUCCUAUAACAGGUGCUGUGAUUGUCUCCACGCCCCAGGAUAUUGCAUUGAUGGAUGCACACAAGGGUGCUGAGAUGUUUCGCAAAGUCCAUGUGCCUGUCCUUGGCCUUAUCCAAAACAUGAGUGUUUUCCAGUGUCCAAAAUGUAAACACAAAACUCAUAUUUUUGGUGCCGAUGGUGCAAGAAAACUAGCACAGACCCUCGGCCUUGAAGUUCUAGGAGACAUUCCCUUACACCUUAACAUAAGGGAAGCUUCAGAUACAGGCCAGCCAAUUGUGUUUUCACAGCCUGAAAGUGAUGAGGCCAAAGCUUACUUGAGGAUUGCUGUGGAAGUGGUAAGAAGAUUGCCCUCACCUUCGGAGUGAUUCCCCAAGUGUCCUGGAAAUUUGCCUGGUACUAACAUUAAGAAGACCUUUCGAAAUCAGCAAUGUGGUGAUGGAACCUACAGAAAUAAUAUAAAUCAUAAUUGUUUUAUUUCUAAGGAAAUAACGUCUUCAGAUCUGAUUUGCUAAGCUGUGAGUCAAAAAAGUUUUAUGUUUCAAUGUUAACUGCUACAUUUAGAAAUUUUUUGAAAGCUGGUGUAUACCACCUGCACAGAACUGCAUUUUAUUUUAUUGCAUUACCCCUUUAGGAAUCAUGGGUUUAUGAUGUUACAAGACCAUUUUGGGAGGGAACUAUAUACUGUUUACAGGACCACAGAGUUAGUAAUUUAAGUGAUAUACUAAAUUUGUGUAUGGGCAUAAGUAUUAUACCUCUCCAUCAGGCAAUUUGGACUGUCUUUAAAUCCUGUUUUUAGUACUUUCUUGGACAUGUUCUUAAUACGGACCUUUGCUUCUCCAUCUGAAUCACACCAUCCCCCAGUCUUAAUGAGUCUCAGUCUCCAGGGAUAGGGUCUGAACAUACAUAUUUUUAAUAAGAACAUGAUGUUGAUGAUGAUUCUGAUUAUGAUGGCAGUAAUAAUAAUAGCUAACAUUUAACAAGUGCUUUCUACAUAUCCUUAUAACUAAUAUUUCAUUUGUGUGAGUGGGUACUAUUAUCUCUAUUUUACAGACAAGUAAUUUGAGGUAUAAGAAGGUUGAGUGUCUUGCUGAGGGUUAAUAUAUCUAGAAAGUAAUAGAGCUUAGAUUUGAACUUGAGUUCAAAAGGAUAUUAGAUUCAUCCUUUUGUACACCAAUGUGCUUUUGUUAAUUCAAAAAAGGCAGGUGGAAUGCAGUAUUUAGCAUUUCCUCAAACGUUUUUGGCCAUGAAAUCCACCCCCGCUCCCCACCCACUGCCUUUUAAGAGCAUUUCAUGGAGUUCACAUUUCAAAUAACACAUUUUGGAAAACAUUUAUCUUGCCUAAUUGAAACUCAAAGAGAGAUAAUCCAUGACUUUUCAGAGUCAGGUAGCAGAUAAUUUUAAAUCCACAAGUACUGGUCAGAGUGAGCCGUAAGUUAAUUGGCAUUUAUAAAGAAGUGGUCUGUCACUUUUGGCAAAUGCUUUGACAUCCCUUGUUCUAUAGUUGUUAGCCAGAAAAUUAGGUACAGAGUUUCACAUUAUUAUAAGUAUGUUUUCACACAAAAAUAUAGACAUUGAUGCUUAUUGCAACUUUAUGUGUAAUAACCAAAAACAACCCAGAUUUUCUUCAUUGGGAAUGGUUAAACAAACCAUGGUACAUUCAUACUAUGAAUAUUACUCAGCAGUAAAAAAGAACAAACUGUGGGUACAUGCAGCAACCUAAAUGAAUUCUAGAGAAUUAUGCUGAGUGAAAAAAGCCAGUCUCAAAAGGUUAUGUACCAAAAGAUUCCAUUUAUAUGACAUUCUUGAAGUGACAUAAUUAUAGAAAUGGAGAACAGAUUAGUUAUGGCCAUGUUAAGGAGGUGGUGAAAAUGGGAGAGAAUUGGGUGUGGCUGUGAGAAACAUGAGGGAUCCUCAUGAUGAUGGAAAUGUUCUAUAUCACAGCUAUCAAUGCCACUAUCGCGGUUGUGAUACUGUGCUAUAGUUUUACAAGAUGUUACCAUUGGGGGAAAUUGGAUGAAGAGCACAUGAAAUCUCUGUAUCAUUUCUUAAAACUGCAUAUUAUUCUACAAUUAUCUGAAAAUAAAAAUAAAAGUUAAAA